CAAACCGCGUCGACCCACGGGGGAGAGAAAAAAUCGUCGAGCGAGGCGUGGAAACGGCGCACGCGUCGUUCUCCUCGCCCUCGCGUGAGUCGCGUCCGUGCGCCGUGCCGUGGACUCCGACGGCCGCCGGCACCUCGCCUCGGAGAUCCGGCACUAGCAGCGCCUCCCGAUCGUGGAGCCGGCUUCUUCCUCGUGCUCCAUGUCGCAGAUCCCCCGACCUUAGCAUCUCGGUGAUUUCUUUCGACGUCUGACCGCCAGUUCUUGCGUUUUCCUGGAGGUUGUGGGGAGGGAUCAAGGGGGGCCCGUCACCUGCAUGGUGGAAUUGAUGAAGCAAGGGGAGGAGGACUAUGGCUGGAGAGAAUUCAAUAUUUCUAGAUUGUGAGCUUGCCACUAUUGGGCCUAGGAUUAUGCAGUGCAGAGAGACCAAGAUUUCAAUGUUGUGGGGGUUCCAUGCUAGUUUAGCUGUUCCUUUUUGACUUUAUCAACCGGGCCUCGUUUUGCUGUAGACACCAAUGUUCAUUUUACUUCAAUUCGUGCUUUGUAUAUCUACUAAUGACACAAAAAAGACUAUUUGAUGUUGGGCUAUCAUGAUAUUAGCCACAUGAAAUCAUGUAACCACCUAUUUUCACUUGCUUUGUUUUCUAGUAUGCAGAUUCUGCUUUGCUUGGUGUGAUGAUAGCUUUACGUUAAUGGACGGUUUUCUUGAAAUUGGCAGGAUAUCAUUUUCGACAUAUGGAGAAGGUGUUUGAACAUACUCAUUGAAAUGGAUAAGAAGAAAGCAAUUGAUGAAACUGAACCAGGAGUAGCUCCUUCUCGUGCCGUGGACAGAUUUGGUUUUAUAAAGUCAGAACAAAGUAACUCUCCUGAUGGUAUUCCAAAAGGCAAAUCCAUACAUGAACGUGAAAGGGAGGAAAAAAGGAUAAGAAAAUGGAGGAAGAUGAUAGGUGUUGGUGGUAGUGACUGGAAGCAUUAUGUUAGAAGGAACCCUCAUGUGGUUAAAAGACGAAUAAGGAAAGGAAUUCCUGAUUGUCUCAGAGGACUUGUUUGGCAGUUGAUUUCAGGCAGCCGAGACCUCUUGCUAAUGAACCCUGGGGUUUAUGAGACACUGGUGAUAUAUGAGACAUCGGCCUCUGAAUUGGAAAUUAUUCGGGACAUAUCACGUACAUUUCCAUCUCAUAUUUUCUUUCAACAAAGACAUGGUCCAGGUCAAAGAUCCUUGUAUAACAUUUUGAAAGCGUAUUCCGUAUAUGAUAGAGAUGUUGGAUACGUGCAGGGAAUGGGAUUUUUAGCUGGGCUGCUUCUUCUUUACAUGAGUGAGGAGGAUGCAUUCUGGUUAUUAGUUGCCUUACUAAAGGGGGCUGUCCAUGCGCCAAUGGAAGGUUUGUAUCAGGCUGGUUUGCCACUUGUGCAGCAAUACCUGUCUCAGUUUGAGAAAUUAGUUAUGGAGCACAUGCCAAAAUUGGGACAACACUUUGUUGAAGAAAUGAUAAACCCAAGCAUGUAUGCAAGCCAAUGGUUUAUCACAGUUUUCUCAUAUUCCUUCCCGUUUCAUCUAACUCUUAGAGUUUGGGAUGUCUUUCUUUAUGAGGGUAUUAAGGUUGUUUUCCAAGUUGGAUUGGCUCUGCUGAGAUUCUGUCAUGAUGAUUUGGUCAAAUUACCUUUCGAGAAGCUCCUACAUGCCUUGAGAAAUUUCCCUGAGGAGGCAACUGAUCCAGAUGUGUUAUUGCCAAUUGCCUUCACAUUUAAGGUGUCCAGCCGUCUUGAAGAUCUUAAAAAAGAAUAUCAGAAGCAACUGGAGGGCACCAGUGAAACUUCAAGUAGCAAGCGGCAUCAGCCUCUCAUAUCGAAGACGAUGAGCAGGGUCGGUAGCCGCGUCAUAUCUAACUUAACCGCUGACAAAAAAUGACAGACAUGAUCUCUUGUUGUAACUUGUAUGUACAUUGUACAGAAACAGUGGUCUUCAUUCAUUCAUCCUUUUGUUGUUGUGUUUAUUUGUUACUAUUACAAUGCUUUCAUGAACGGAAGAGGUAUAACUGCUUCUCAAACUAUGGAGGGCAGCGAGGCUCCUGAUCCAGCUGUCAUUGCUGGACAGGUGCGUAUACAUGUGGAUGGAUACAGUGGAGUGUUGUUUCGAUGCUUUCUUUUUGAUAA